CCUCGCACUUGUUACAUUUCUUCAUUCCUGCUCAAUUAAACUCAGUCUACGAGUCUCGCACUCUUCUCCUCACACCUUCAUACAAAAUGGUACGUAUUUCCACCUAGCCCGGGACCUCAGGACUACCUUCGUCAUGACAAUUGCUGCUAUCAACUAUGUCUUGAUCUUGUUUUUGUCUGACUCAUUGAUUGGUACAUGUCGCUAACUGUGAUCUCUUCUCUCGAUCAGUCUGUCCUCCGCAACAUCAAGAACCUCGCUCCCCUCCUGGACCGUGUCCUCGUCCAGCGCAUCAAGCCCGAGCCCAAGACUGCCUCCGGUAUCUUCCUCCCCGAGAGCAGCGUCAAGGAGCAGAACGAGGCCAAGGUCCUUGCCGUUGGCCCCGGUGCCGUUGACCGUAACGGCCAGAGACUCCCCAUGAGCGUUACCGCUGGUGACAAGGUUCUCAUUCCUCAGUUCGGUGGUAGCCCCGUCAAGGUCGGCGAAGAGGAGUACCACCUCUUCCGGGAUUCUGAGAUCCUCGCCAAGAUCAACGAAUAAAAGAACGAAUCCCCUUUGUUUUCUGUCUUUCUCCCCCUUUCGAUCUCGGGCUGAGAACGCCCAAGUCGGCGGCCGUGUAUUAUACCGUGCAAAAAUCAUGAGCUCCCACAACACCUCGAGAACACUGUAAUUCCAAAUCUCUCACCAUCAAGGUCUAAAAAAUGACACAGCCAAAUGCUGUCUCUUUUUGGGCUGAUUUUGUCUGCGCAUUUGUUGUUAUAAAGCGUGAAACGACCUUGUCUUCUCCAGCAUACUACUAUGGAUGUACUUCUAAAUCUAGCAAUCGUCAUGAGUCACGCCGACUCCGGGGUGAUGAAAAGAGUAAUAUCAGACACGAUAAAUCUCCUCUCAAGCCGAUGUCCAGUAUGUUGACUCUAGAUUCCUUCCACUGAUGAUCCACAAAGGCUGGGAUCUGUUCUCUGCCAUAGCAAUACCGUCUUAUUCUUAGGGCCAGCU